GCAGGCGAUGGCCACAUUCGGUAGGAUAUCAACAUAGACUUUGAAACUAUGUCAUUUAAAAGCAAAGAAAACUUUGGAGUGGAACAUCCAAAAGUAACAUAUCCUACCGGUGUGCCAGCAGGAGUCAGUAAUGGAUCAGUCAACUUUCAGUCACUUCUUACUGCCAUCAGCAACUGUGCUGUGCCUCUUGUGCAUCAACUUAUCCAACAAUCCCCAUCACUUGUUCACGAAAAAGGUUGGCAUGGACAGACGGCUCUCCACAAAGCCUGUUUGAUGGGUGACUGGUCCAUCUGUUUCCUCCUACUGGAAGCUGGAUCUGACCCCAAUGCUCUCAAUGAUUUUGAUGAAACUCCUGUCCACUAUGCGUGUAAGCGAGGAUUGGCCUCUGUUGUCCACCUGCUAGUGCAGAGGAAUGGAAACCUAAAGGCUACAGACAGGAAUGGUCUGGGUGUUGCCCACCACUGUUCACAGACUGGCAGUGUAUUUGUUUUGCUGUAUCUUGAAUCUCAAGGAUUUGGUUUCAAUGACCUUGACAAAAAUUUACAGUCUCCACUGCACAUCAUUUGCCAGUAUGGACAUGUGGAUGCCUUCAAAUUUCUCAUGAAGAGUCAGAGAAGCAACAUAGAGCAGCAUGACAUUGAUGGUAACACACCACUACACAUUGCGGCUAGAGAAGGACAGAGCUACCUUACAUGGCUCAUUCUCAGUAAGAGUAGGUAUAGCGCUCUCCACGAGAGAAAUAAAGCUGGCUUUACUCCAGUAGACCUCGCCAAACAACGCGACAAAUACGGCCAUAAACAAUUGAUCCCAGUUUUGGAAUACUAUGCCAAACAGGACCAAUCUCUAGUCCCUGAGGGACCUUGGGGCUUGUGGUACUCACAGUUGCUGAUUCCUGGACUGACGUAUGGGACACUAGUGGGCGGCGUCUAUCUGUCUGGUCUUCAGUAUCAGACUCUAGUCAUCCUGGCAGGCAUGCUCGUGUUCUUCUGGUACCUCAUGAAAAACUACCACCGCAUGUCACAUAUAUCCUGUUGGCCAAACCCUAUAUUUGCUGGGAUGUUUGGAGCGGGCAUUUUUCAUUCAGCAUUACUCUACUUUGUACAGAUUCUUCCCUAUACGCUGUACUAUAACCUGCUGACUGUGCUGUGUCUAUCACUGCUGAGCGCUCUACUCUACUUCUACUACAAAGUCCUCACCGUGGACCCAGGUCAGACGACCCGCUCUAUCCAUGAUAAGGACACUGGAAAGCCGAUGACUAUAGUAGAUUUGUGUGUUCCUCAUCGUAAGAUUGAUCUGCUGUGCGUCCACUGUAAUAUAGUCCGAUCUCCGCUUACAAAGCACUGUAAAUUGUGUGAGAAGUGCUACUACCAGAUGGACCACCAUUGCCUGUUUCUGCUACGCUGCAUUGCCAAAGAAAACCGUACCAUGUUUGUGUGGUUCAUCACGUUUGUGAUGCUGUGUAUGUUGAUCUUCUUGGUUAAUAUUGGCCUGUACUGUUCUAUCGUGUAUCCAGAUAAGUCAGUAGGAGAAAUGUUCUCUUACAUGGUCUGGUCAGAUGGCUGGGUGUUAUCGAUGGCUGUCAUGAACUUUGGCUCACUAAUUUGGGGUAUGAACUUGCUGCGUUAUCAGUUGAACCUUGUAUCUAAAGGUUAUACAACAGUGUUUAGGAGCAGUGAGAGUGUCCUGACCUCUAAUGAGCGCCUGUUGAAUAUUAUGUAUUUUCUCCUGGGAUACGAACCCUUUGCUCAAGACCCACUAUUUUGUGCACAAUAUGCUGUCUAAGAUCAGGGUUGAGCAGAUAAGGCUGACAAAGGCAGGAAAUGUUCCCUCAGAGACAGAUAAGGCUGACAAAGGCAGGGAAAUGUUCCCUCAGAGACAGAUAAGGCUGACAAAGGCAGGAAAUGUUCCCUCAGAGACAGAUAAGGCUGUCAAAGGCAGGAAAUGUUCCCCCAGAGACAGAUAAGGCUGUCAAAGGCAGGAAAUGUUCCCUCAGAGACAGAUAAGGCUGACAAAGGCAGGAAAUGUUCCCUCAGAGACAGAUAAGGCUGUCAAAGGCAGGAAAUGUUCCCUCAGAGACAGAUAAGGCUGUCAAAGGCAGGAAAUGUUCCCCCAGAGACAGAUAAGGCUGUCAAAGGCAGGAAAUGUUCCCCCAGAGACAGAUAAGGCUGUCAAAGGCAGGAAAUGUUCCCUCAGAGACAGAUAAGGCUGACAAAGGCAGGAAAUGUUCCCUCAGAGACAGAUAAGGCUGUCAAAGGCAGGAAAUGUUCCCUCAGAGACAGGUAAGGCUGUCAAAGGCAGGAAAUGUUCCCUCAGAGACAGAUAAGGCUGACAAAGGCAGGAAAUGUUCCCUCAGAGACAGAUAAGGCUGACAAAGGCAGGAAAUGUUCCCUCAGAGACAGAUAAGGCUGACAAAGGCAGGAAAUGUUCCCUCAGAGACAGAUAAGGCUGACAAAGGCAGGAAAUGUUCCCUCAGAGACAGAUAAGGCUGUCAAAGGCAGGAAAUGUUCCCCCAGAGACAGAUAAGGCUGUCAAAGGCAGGAAAUGUUCCCUCAGAGACAGAUAAGGCUGACAAAGGCAGGAAAUGUUCCCUCAGAGACAGAUAAGGCUGACAAAGGCAGGAAAUGUUCCCUCAGAGACAGAUAAGGCUGACAAAGGCAGGAAAUGUUCCCUCAGAGACAGAUAAGGCUGACAAAGGCAGGAAAUGUUCCCUCAGAGACAGAUAAGGCUGACAAAGGCAGGAAAUGUUCCCUCAGAGACAGAUAAGGCUGUCAAAGGCAGGAAAUGUUCCCUCAGAGACAGAUAAGGCUGACAAAGGCAGGAAAUGUUCCCUCAGAGACAGGAAGGUUUUUAUUAAACAAUUAAUUGGCUUGAAUUGGUCUUGAUAAUGAGGUUUGUCAAAUACAUUUGUAUAAGAAAGAAGCUGGUUAUGGUGCUACAUGUCUCCUACCAAGCAAGGCUGCACCAAGUGUAUUGUGCCAAAUGUUCAAAACACACUGAAUCUUUAACACAAACUGAACAUUAUAGAUUUCUGGAAAUUCCCAGAGAGAACAUGACAGGACUAUAUAUAUAUAUACGCAUACUUACCUAAUUUCAUCAUUGUUGGUAAGUUACAUGUAAAACUGCCAUAGUAUAAUGUGAUGCUGAACUUUUGUAUUUUUGUGUAUUUGUUUUUAGAUUUAUUAUGAUUUAUUUUUAUAUUUGUUAAAAUUUAUGUUUCUUUUCUAUAUACAUUGUAUGUGUGUCAUUAACUCAAAAUUUCCUCUUUUAUAAGUUGAAGGUUGUGCUUUUCCAUGACUAAUGAAGAGGUAUAUCUGAACUGAACUCUAAUUGUGAGGGCUUAGAUAUGUUUGUGACAUUGAAGGACAGCCAGGGAAUUUAAACCCUAGUUUGAAGUUUCUUUAUUGCUGGAAUUUUUCAACAUAAUGUUUUAUAAAAGGAUAAUAUUUUUUUAAUUUAAUAUUUACCGUUGAACAGAAGCUCUAAUUGUAUGUUGAAGAAAAUAUAUUAUGUAGGUUUUCAGUGAUUCCAAGUUCAGGGCUCUACUUCCUGUGUAAAGAUUGAUUUUAGGUACACCUACCCAAAGAGUGAGCUCAUGCUGUGGUCUAGAGUCCAGUGUCGUUCCUCCUUUUCAUGUUUUAUUUUAAACAUCUUCUUCUCAAUAAACAAGAGGUCCAGGGUUAUCAUAUUUGGCCAAAACCCUGUUGGGAUGAAUGGAGUUCAAAUGAUUGUUGAUUUGACCUUAGUCUACUUUUAUGGUCACAGGGGUCAAAUGUUCUAAAAACUUCUCAAUAACUGAAAGACCUACAUUGUAUGCAGGGUUUUGAUAUUGGGCCAUUUGGAUGUGGGAUGAAGGGCUAUCGUGGAUUAAAUGAAUUAUCUUGACUUGCUUUCAAGGUACAUGUAAUUCAAAUACUUGUAAAUACAUUUCUUUCAACAACAUCUGUAACUUGUACUUUCAAUGUUUACAGUUCAGAUUUUUAAAUGAUAUGAUGUCAAAUACCUAAAUCCAUUGUUAUGAUAUUAGUCAUGCAACAAUUACUGAAAAAUGGGAUUCACGAUGAAUUAUCAUCAAUUACUUAAUUAGCUUAGAAAUCUGCAUUAAUUAAGUCUUCUGACAAAGUUUUCACUUCAUCAUCUGCAGAACAAGGGAGUGAUUCAGGCUCAUUGGGCCUCUUGUUAAAUCUUGUAAAACCUGAAAACCUCUCGGGCUUUUAUCUAUCACAUGUAUGAGUAAUUCAAAUUGUGAUAUAAUUUUCUCCCACUCUCCACUAAUUUGUCAGUUCACUAUACAUGAGUUGUCCACCUGUACACAAAGGUAGAUCUUGGAGGCUGUUCUUCCAAACAGGAAAUGAAUGACAUCACAAUAUUUUGCGAGAUGAAUGAAAAAGCAAGCAUAUUUUCCUGCAUCUUCUUAAUCAUUUCAUUUGAUGAUUCCUUUUGAUUUCCAUUUGAUAUUUUAUGAAAUGAUGACCAUGAUAAUCUGUGAUAUCCUUGACAGAGUUUUAAAUUUUGCAUUAUCGUCUGUUCAUUGUGAAUCAGAGGUGUUGAUAUAAUUAACUCCUCAAGCUGCUGUGUUGUUGUUGUUUAGUGUUGUUAUUUUGAUCAUUGAGACACCUUGGACAUUUAAUUUGGGAUUGACCAGAGAUGUUACUACUGAUGCUGUGAGGGUAUUUAGGUAGGGAGUAAGGGCCCACUGUGAUAUGUCAUUAUUUGGAUUUCCUUGACAUUGAGUACUGAAGGGGAGGAUAGGAACAACCUAAGAACACCUUAUAAAGUGUACUGCAACAAUCAACACAAAGGUUAAAGAUCAAUAUCAGUAAUCUGGAAAAGGUCAAUUUUAUGGCAAGUAAUCUGGAAAAAUGUAAAAUGACCGUAUUCUGAAUAAAGGUAGAGUUGAGGUACAGUAUAAGUAAUCUAGUGAAAGGUCAUGUCCAAUGGCGGUAAUCAGGCCAAAGUUCAUACCCAAGGACAGUGAUCUGGGUUAAGGUUAUGUCCAAUGACAGUAAUCAGGCCAAAGUUCAUACCCAAGGACAGUGAUCUAGGUUAAGGUCAUGUCCGAUGACAGUGUUCAGGCCAAAGUUCAUACCCAAGGACAGUGAUCUAGGUUAAGGUCAUGUCCAAUGACAGACUGACAGUAAUCAGGCCAAAGUUCAUACCCAAGGACAGUGAUCUGGGUUAAGACAGCUCUGUUGUAUAAUUGUCGUCCUCUGAAAGCUUUAGAGAACGUUUAUAAAGUUAUGAACCCCAAUAUAAAUGUACAGAGAGUAAGUGAAUAUCAAUUUUACACCAUAUUUGUGGCGAUGCAUGUGUUGACCAAUGUGUGCACAUCAUACUUAAAAGUGUGUGUGUGUGUUUUAAAUGUGUUAAUAUUAUGGCAGUAUGUUUAAAAAUUACACAAAUUAUAUAUAUAUAUUACAAAGUAUAUGCAGAUUGUGUAGGUGUGUAGGGAACGUGAGUGUGUAUAGAAUAUACAGGUGUGAAUGUAGACUAUAUAUAUGUUUAUGGAUAUAUCAUGCGUGUAAAUUAUCUGUGUGUAGAUUUAAGCUAGAGAUAUGUAGAGAUAUGUUGUAUAAUGCUGGUAGAGUGUUGGUCUGAAACAACUGGGCAUUACCUAGCUAACUACUACUGUACAAAGUUCAGUGUUACCUAGCUAACUACUACUGUACAAAGUUCAGUGUUACCUAGCUAACUACUACUGUACAAAGUUCAGUGUUACCUAGCUAACUACUACUGUACAAAGUUCAGUAUUACCUAGCUAACUACUACUGUACAAAGUUCAGUGUUACCUAGCUAACUGCUACUGUACAAAGUUCAGUGUUACCUAGCUAACUACUACUGUACAAAGUUCAGUAUAACCUGGCUAACUACUACUGUACAAAGUUCAGUGUUACCUGGCUAACUGCUACUGUACAAAGUUCAGUAUUACCUAGCUAACUACUACUGUACAAAGUUCAGUAUUACCUAGCUAACUACUACUGUACAAAGUUCAGUGUUACCUGGCUAACUGCUACUGUACAAAGUUCAGUAUCACCUAGCUAACUGCUACUGUACAAAGUUCAGUAUUACCUAGCUAACUACUACUGUACAAAGUUCAGUAUUACCUAAAUACCCAGUACUUAAUCAUUAAUGUGAUAUGAUCAUCAGAAAUCUCAAUAAAAUCAUGACUUGUGCUGA